AUGUUGUCUGUUCGCUUUGAACUCGCGACCGCGUUGCGCGGAAGCGACGCCGCCUCUCCUGAGGCAGGUGACUGUAUCGCCUCGCUUUCUCCGCCAAGUUUGCAAACCACACGGAACGGGCCGGAAGGACGAGAUAAGCGUUCUCGAAAAAGCGACGCAUGCGGGGCUCCAGAGACAGGCGCUGCUGAUAGUCAGAGAGAAGAUUCUACUGGGAAGCGACCGCGGCUGCGCGAGGAGUCGACCCUGCAGAGACCCUCAGAAAGCGGUCCUGGGGAAGCGCGCAAGUCGCUUCUGCGUCAGCAUCUUGCGUGCAAUUCCUCGUCCGUUGAGGCACCCGCCGGCACUCCUGCCGCUUGUGAGGAAGAGGGCGCAAAGGCUGCGCGGGGAAAGGGAGGCUGCGGGUUCUCAGGUCGCCAGGCAGGCCCAGAGAAAGCGAACGAAGACACGAUACAUCUUCCUCUGAGGAGAGCCGGGGCUUCAAAUGCGCUUCGACACCUUCUCGCAUCGUCUUGGGCGUCCCUGACUCGUCGAGCUCCGCGAUGGUGUGCCUCUCGGCGACGCGAGAACUCUGAAAGAAGUUGGCGGCCUCUCUCUCCCCUGGACGCCUCUCAGAUUCGCUCCGCGUCCUCGGCGCCGUCCUUCGCUUGCAGAUCCAUGACUCGCGCGCAUGCCUCUCCACCCCGGCCAAGGGACCUCCACUUGCAGGGCUUGACUGCCGACGGGAGAUGCGCGUACAUUGUGACGAACAGUUCCGUCUCGCACUGCGAAGUUUCAACACAGGGAGACCAAGCAGAGCGACAAGCGCAGCGAUCGAGUGUACGCAACGGUGUUCGCAUCCGUUUGCUCGACCUUCACAGAGCUCCGCGCAGCGAACGAGGAAGCUCCGUUCGGGAGAUCAACGCGUCUCUGUUCCUCGACUCUGACGGAAGCGAGAAAGGCCUGGAAGGACCUCCAGGCGAAGGCCGGCGAGGGCAGGAUCUUCCGGCCUGCGCGCCGCGAGACGCACAGCCUGUGGUGCUCAGUGCUGUCCCUGUUGAGGGGCUGCCUGCGGGAGCGCCUCAGCUUCUUGCCCUUCUGUCGGUUCGCGGCGACAGGCCUGCCGCGACUCUUCACUUGGUGGUCCUGCCCACCUGCGUCGUCGUCCUCUCUUUCCCUCUCCCGGUCUCGUCUUCGUCGUCUGCAUGCGCUCCUUGUUCCAGAGGCCGACGGUGUUGGGAGGAGACGUACGUGGACUACCUAGCUAAACUCAACGGCGGCGACAUAAAAGAGCAGCACCAACUCGUAGGCGCGGCGGCUGUCUUCGACGAAGAAACCCAGGAGACUCUGUUGACGAUCGCGACGCGGCAGGCCGGCGUCUUCGUCUUCUCAAAUUGCGCGCCUUCUUCAGCGAGCGCCUCUCUGUCUUUGCGUUUCUCGCCCGUGCUGUGCUUGCUGCCUCCGCCGGACGCCUGCUCAGCUUUCGCUUUCGAAAAGAAGGAAAGCACAGAGUGGCUUUCGAGAGCCGCGAACCGUCUCGCGCGACCGGACCCGCCGUUUCUUCUUCUAGAGAGCCUUCAUCGAGGUGGCGCGACUUCCCAAGAGUCCGGACGCUUUCUUUGGACAGAAACAGGUGCAGCUCCUGUGGCUCUGACCACCGAACAUGGAAGUCUUGUUGAUGCAUGCUCGUCUUCUCGCCUGUCCCCUGCACGCGGUUCUCCUGCGAACUUCGCUUCGGAGACUUCUCGCUGGACGCCUGUCUCCUGCUUGCUUCGCUAUUUGCCGGUGCCGAGCCGCUGCGUGCAUGUGACGUCUGUCGCUGCAUGCGCCGGAAACACAGCCGAACUCGCGUCGCUUUCCUUCGAAAAGACACUCGAGACGACGCGCGAGGCUUCCGCGAAAAAGGCGAGCACGCGCCUUCUUGGGUCGUUUUUUCUCUCGACUUCGUUCGCGUGUCGAAAGGCAUUUUGCACCACCUCGCAACCUCUUGUGGUGUACAUACAGCCGAAGGCCUGGGGCGCAGCUUCUGCGCCGCCUCCGGGGCUGGCAGAUUCAGACCCGUGGCGGCGAACUGCAGUCGAAAAACCGAGACAGUUCGUCGUCGUUUCUCUUGCGGCUCCAGCCUCCAGGACGGUCGACUCCUCGAGUUGUGCAGAUCUUUUUCCUGAGCCUUGCGAGUCGAGUCUCUCCCCCGGACCCCCGCCUACCAUCCCGGCAUGCGCCACGGACCUUCACAGGGCCCUCGGCACACUCGCGGGCGCGGCGGGACGCGGCCUGGCUGUGCGGCACCUCCUCGCCGCGAUUCCUUACGCUCCCUUUGCCGGUUCUUUUCCGCGGUGGACUCCGAGUUCGCCUCUUCAAGGUCUCUGUUCGCCGGACCCAAGUCCCGUUCCGUGCUCUUCUCUCUCUCCUCUGGCGCAUGCGCCUUCUUCAGGGGACGCCCGCGCGCUGGCAGCACUCGCGGAGCGCCAGGCGACCGAGGCGCUGUCUCCGAGGUGUCGUCUCGAGCACGGCCUGUGGUUAGUUGGCCGCUGCGCGGACGGCCGGCUAGCUGUAAUGCAUGCGUUUGUCACGCGCAGCGUAUCUCGCGGUGCGGAUCGGAACGAAGGCGAAACUUCCCAGUCAGAGGUGCCUGCGGAUGCUGAACGGCUGCGCGGGACCUGCCCGCACCGUCGCACCAUUGCCGCGGCUGGGGUGUACGCACUCCCUGAGGUGCAGCUAGCCAGCGACGAGUGGAGGUCGUUCGCCUGCGACGCCUGCAACGAAGAGCUCGUUUUCACCACCGGGCUGCAGGCCCCGGCGUGGCAGCGCGUCGGCGAGCCAGGAGCCGCGCUAGUCGCCGCUCACGUCUGCCCUGAAACGCAUGCACUCGCGCUCGUCUGGCUGGCGCGGCCCGAGUGUACACGCACCCUGGUGUAUGUGCAGCAGAGGAUUUUUGGUGAGGCGCUCGAAGGCACGCGCAGAGUGGCGCGGAAAAGUCUGCAGCCUGCUUUCCAGAUGACGCUGUUCCCAGUCCCGAUCGCGUCCUGUCAACCGGAGGGUCGCGGCCCGGCAGGAGCUGUCGCGGAGCUUCGAGAGCAGGAGAGCGGAGACUCGGAGACAAGAGUCGAAGCCGACGCAGAUCGACGAUUCAAGUGGAGUCAAAGAGCGCAAGGAACCGACGGCCCCCCAGACAUUGUCGCGGGCGUCGCUCUGGAGGCUCUGCUGCCUCGCGAGUCGCCACUCAGCUUCGCGGAGGCCCCAAGAGAGGAAGGCCCGCGUGCGAAGAAAACGCAUGCAGGAAGGAAAGGAGGACAAGGGGAAGAGCGCGAGGACGAAAGUAGGGCCGAUGAACGAGACAAGGAAGGGGAAGAUGAGGUGUAUCGCUGCAGGGACUUAUUUCUCGCGAGACGCGAGGCAGGCGAAUCAAAGGAGAUAGAAGCAAUUCUCUGGAGUCUCCUUCAGCCUCUGACUCCAGGGGAACUUCGCAUGAAGAGCCAAGUGGGAGCACAGGCGCUUCGCGCUAUCGCACAGAGUGCCGCGUCUGUCUUCUCGGCGCCUGCGUCGCUCCGGGUUCUCAGCUGUACGUACACCCCACCGAGUGAGACGAAUGUGCCGUUUUCGGCGGCGCAGGCCGGGGAGCAAAGCGACAGCCAGAAAGACGCAUUUCAGUUUCUUUUCAACGAAAAAGGCCAGCGGUCGCGCCCAGCAGGAGCGAAGGGAGUUUCUCGAGUGUCGCAAACAGACGAUUCGCUGCCCUCUUCUCCUCCGUCUCGGGCUUUCGCUGUCCCCGACAAUCCAGGAUGGAUCAAGUCCUUCUCGUUAACGUUCGCACUCCUCGGCGUCUGUAGAGACCAUCACCGAUCACCCGCACUCGCGCCGUCUGAUUUGACUGGGCAUCUUUCUCCGCCAUCCUCGCCUUCCUCUCCAGUCUCGUCUUCGGUCUCUUCCUCCUUCCACUGCUCGAGUGGCGUACAUACACCGCGGUCGUCUACCGACCGCGAGAGCGGCGACUCAGACAGAGUAGCCACCUCGGAAGAAGUCCCCGACGAGCCGGUCCCGGCCGGGCGAGACGCGCUGUCGAUACGUCUGGAUAAGCAUGCGAGUCCGCGAAAGAGCGAAGACGUCUGCAUGCGCGGCGUCGUGAUCGACGCGACGGACGCAGACCCCGCGUCCGGAGGAAGUGGAAGGCCGUUCUGCGCAUGUCCCAGCCUCGUCAGCGUCUCUUCAGAUUCGUGGCAAGGAGACUCCGAGAGCGAAGAAGAGCGCGAACGACAGGACUGUUCCAGAGGCGGCGACUCACUGACAUGUACAUACACCGACGAUGGCGAGUUGGACAGACACCGGAGAGUUUCUCUGGAGGAGCAGGCCUUCCAAAAAGCAGGGAAAGGCCUCCUUGUUGGCAUCGUUCUUCAUGCGGAGGCGGAGGUAGUGGCGAUCCAGAAAUGCCUUGAGCGACGCGCGCUCGACAUCUUCACGACGCCCGCCGUCUACUGCCGUCCCCUACAGUGUCUCGGCCUCCUUCCGGCACACAUACAGCCGAGCGACCCCCUGGUGGCGUUCGAUCUGCUGGCCACCAAGGGUGCGAUCACGCUGCUUCCUCGCGAACGCGACAUUAAUUCAGACAUCUUGUUCGGCAGCGAACACGGCUCGCAGGGACUUGAGCUUGGCUUCCAAGAGUCGCAGACAAAGCGAUUCAAAGCGGCUUCUGUCGGCCAUCUGGAAUCGCGCGCGACCGCAAGGCGGCGACUGUCGCGUGCUCUCCUCGAGAGUUUCCCGGCCACCUCGCCGGCAAGCCCGAGCGACGGCGUCCAGGUGUACGUACACCUCAAAGGCCAGAGACUCCUCCACGCUCUGCUUCAGGUGUACGUACAUCGGGGAGAGGCGGCUGCUCUCCAGCGCGUCCUCCUGGCGCCUGCGGCAGCCGGCAAGAGGCGCCUCGGGAAAACGAUGCCACUCCACGUUUUCCCUGACCGUCCUCACGCAGAGGCGUGGGCGUUCAGUGACGCCUUUGUUCUCCUCGUCACCAACUGGGCUCUGUCGAAGCUCGACGCGAUUCUCGAGCUCGCCCCCGGCUCUCGUGAUACUUCCUCUUCCUUCUCUUCUUUCUCUUCUUCUUCUUCUUCUUUUUCUUCUUCGUGCGCCUUCCCCGUUGUCAGCGACUUGCUCGACAUGGCGUUGAGAGCCGUGGACCUCGCAGAGUCUCUGCGGAGGAACAAGUGCCAAGGAAGUUUCGAGGCCUCAGCGGAGCGCCUCGCCGCCCAUCUGGCCUCGCAGGCGCGCGCCGCAGUUCUUGCCGCCUCUCCAGAAAAGCCUUCAGCACCCGCAUGCGCCAGCUGGCGAGUCAACAGGGACAUCGCCGCGUGGUCUUGGUGGCGACUCGUGAAUCCCAAGCAGCUGCGUUUGCUCCGAGGCUUGGAAGCGGUUUUGAGUGCGUGUCUCAUUCGUCUGACGAACAUGGUCUCGGAUUCGUCUCCCCUUCUAUCCUCGACGCUGGCAUGUCCCUCAUGGCCUCGCACGACUUUCGAUGACGGAUGUCCUGUCACUUCGCCUUCCUCUUCUUCCUUUGCUACCCCUCUCCCUUCACCGGUACGGUCUCCUUCCUGUUCGUCUUCCUCGCCUCUUCUCUCUUCUUCUUCGGCUGCUGUCGAAAGUUCCUCUUCACCUGGCGCUCCGACAGCCGCGCCCGAGAGAGAAGCUUCCCGUGACUUGCCUUCUUCGUCUCGCUUCGAAUCCGCGCGCGGCGAGCGACUUCCUGGGGUCGCACAACGUCUGUCAGGAGAAGCAGCUGCAGACGGCGUGGUUGGCUUGCCUCCGUUGGCUGCGUUUCUUCGCAGCACCCUCUCCAGUCUCGCCCUGCUGCAUGCAGUCUUUUGGUGGAGUCGCCAGAGUCGCUGCUCCGCACGCAUGCCUGGGACGGAGACACUGCGAGACAAUUUCGGAGACACUUCGCGAGAUACUUCACCUGUCUCGCUCAGGGCUUCUCGCUCUUCUCACGCCGCGCCGUCAGUUCGCGUCCCCGCAGAAAAGCGUCUCCACUUAAAGCAAGCUGCAUGCACUCGCAGAGGUCGGAAAACAGACCGGAGAGGAGACGACGCAAGAGACAGAAGAGGAGGCCGAAGCGACGGAGGGAACUCGAAUGCAUGGGAGCACCAAACGAACGAGGCUGGCGCGUGCGUCGAUCUCAAGGAGCCUGCUGAAGCUGAGAAGACACGAAGGCAGGAGAAAGAAGGCGCAAGUAUUUCUUCUUCGACGAAGGAUGCGCGCCUCGUGCGCCACCUGGUUGGACUCUCGCACUGUUUCGCGUUCCUCAGUGGAGAGCAAAAGCCGAAAGGAAAGAUGAGAGAGGCUCUGCUCUCCGUCCCUGCUUUUCUGCAGCCUCUCGGUUUGCUCGCAUGGCCGUGUGACAUGCGAGACGCGAGCGAAAGAGACAGGAAGCAGAGCCAAGAAAGCGUCCGAGGGAGAGACCACGGCGAACGGCGCCGUGGAGGAAGCAGUCCUCGCGAAAGAAACCUCACGCCGGCGAAGCGAGAGCGGCGCGAAAUCCCGACAAGAAAUAGAGGAGACAAGACAUGCGGAUCUCUUUUCGCGGCGCUUGCACGCAGCAAGGCAGCCGAGAUAGAAGCGAAUCCUCUCUUUGCUGUUCUCUCUGGACUUCAGGACGAGGCAGGCAAGCCGGAGCUCUCUGAGACGCAUGUCUCCGGAGAUGCAGGGAAAACGCCUCUCGCGUCCGCCGCCUUCGAACCAAGAACUGCAGACGCAUUCACAGGUCUCCAGCUCGUCGACCUGUUGACAGAGGUCGCGUUUCCGCGCAAGGCCCGAGAGGCAAGCGCAUGCAGGGAAGAGCGAGCAGAAACAAUUGGCCUCUUGAGUGACGCCCAGAAACUCUUCUUCCCCGCGGCGCUGGAACUGCUCCGAGCUCUUCCCCGGGGCGGCGUUUUGGGAGGCAGACUGCAAGGAGAGAAGAAGCGAGAGGGAAGUGAAGAGAGCAAACAGAGAGAAGAAGAUCCAGAGGGGACCGAGGGAGAAAAAACUGAGAAGACAGAAGCGGCAGGCUUCUUCGAGAUUCUCGCUCUCCUUUGUAAUUCGCUUCUCUACUUUCAGCAAGCGAUCAACCUUUAUUCUUGGGUCUGCAGUCGCGUAGCGCGUCGUUCUGGGGCUUCGGACUUCUCGUCUUUCCCUUCCUCCUCCCCUCCCUUCGUUCACACGAUCCUCGCCUACCUUCUCCUUCUCUCCAACGAGGUCUCCAGAGUAGCUCUGGCGACGUCUUACAUCCCCCUUCGCUCUCUCCUCUCUUCUUCCCCUUCUUCUCUGUCUUCUUCCCCUUCCUCUCUGUCUUCUUCCCCUUCCUCUCUGUCUUCUUCCUCACCUUGUCCCUCUUCUUCGCUGUCUUGUUCUUCUCGGUCUUCUUCGCCUCCUUCUUCGAAGCCGGGCGCGUCUUCUUCCCUUCUUUCUGCUUCUUUGUCGUCUGUUUCUUCUUCUUCGGUUGGUUCUGGAGAAAGGCGGCUGCGACGCAACCGCGAUCUGCGGGGUCUGGCUGCGAAGGCGACACUCUUGGGCGAGAAGGCGAGGCUGUCUGUGUGGAGAACAGCCGAGAGAGCAGUGAAAGCGCUUCUCUCAGGGCUUCAGCUUCAGCAAGCUGUCAGGUGUAGCGUCGCGGUCGACGCCUUGAGCGCGUUGUCUCUCCUUCCGGAUAUCCCUGGAGAACAGCUCAGAGGGCGACGUGGAACAAGGUUGAAAGCGCAGACAGAAGAGGACGGAGAGAAAGAAGAGAGACAAGAAAAGAGAGAGGACGAGAACUCCCUUCUGCAUCUGAGGAGCGCAGUGGCGCUCGACCUUCUUCUCUCGCGACUGGAGAUCGAGAUGCAGACUGAUUUCUGCAAACGCGAAGACAUGUUUUCUUUAUCCACAGUCGACGAAAGCGAGUCUUCUCUCUGGCGAAUGAAAAGCUUUGGAUCACUCCCCAAUCCUCUCUCUGCGCUUUCGCAGUUCGGCCUCCUGUUUCUCUCAAUGUCUCUACAUCAUGCGCCCGCCGGCGAUUCUUCUUCACCCUCUUCUCCUCCUCCUCCUCACGUUUCUUCUUGUCAGUCCUUCCUGCUAUCUGGGGAGCAGGGAGAUCCGGCGUCUAGGUCUGCAGCUUCCAGUUUGGCUGCUUCUUCGCUUGCAGCAGUGUAUCGCGCUCGCGCACUGUCUCACCUGCGAGGCCUUCUUUCGUCUUUCCUCUCGGCGGUCGAGUUGAACGCGCCGCUGUUGCCUCCACCUCACCCUCUCUCGCUCUCUGUCUCUUCGCUUUUCUCCCCUCUCGCGCUCUCCUUCCGCCGUGCGUCGGAUGCGACCUUCGCGCGUUCUCUUUUCUCGACCUCGUCCGAGCGUCUGCUCUCUGCGCAGCAGGCGACAUGGGAGAGAGCCGGAAAGAUGGCCGCAGCUGUGUCUCUUCUGCUCGCUCUUCGACUCUCCUUCUUCUCCACUGCGCGAGCCAUUCUCUCCUCAUGGGAUGUCCCUGCCUGCGGGGCCGCGUCGCUUCCUACGCAUGCGACGAAGAAGCAGAACACAGACACGAGCGGACCUGCAGAUGAAUUUCCGCGAGAAGGCGACCCCGCUGCGAAGCGACAUGGGCGGGAGCGCAGCUCCGACUUCCUGCAUGCACUCGUCCGCGGGUCGCUGUACACCGGAACAUUCGCGGCGCUUCGCCGAGUGGUGUGCGACGACCGAGGCGGCGCCUUUCGGCAGUCUGCACUGUUCUCGUCUCUUCUCGAUUUGCUGAGAAGAGCAGUCAGACACUCGCAGACCUUCGCAGCUGCAGACAACGUCCAGGCUGCGUCGCCGCCGGCGCUGGCUCUUACUCCUUCCUCGCCCUCUGGAGAGCCGAAACGCGAGGAGAAGAACAGGCUCCUUCUCACGGCGACGCGAGCUGCAGUGGAAAUUCUCCUUUCUUGCGCGGCAUACGGCAGAAGCGCGAAUGCACAAGAAGUGAAGGCUCUCUGUGUGUCUUCGGGGCAAGAGGUCUUCGAACGGGUCGCCGCAGACGCAAGCGACGAAACGUUCUUCCUGAAGGCUGCAGAGACGCUUGUCGAGAAACUCCACGCGCGGAGCUUCCCAGAGAACGAGGUCCACGCACUUCGUCGUCUCUUGAGCGCCGAGUGA